AUGAUCAUUUAUAGUUUAGUGGCAGAGUACUCAACUGGCUGUGUGUUGGUGGAGAGUAAUGAUGUUUAUUCACCAGCAUUAACAUUGAUAACUAGAAAGAUAUUGAAAUUGCUACAGAGUAAACAAUUGACAAAUAAGAAGUCUUAUAAAUAUGCCAACAACUAUAUACAUUAUCUACCGUCACCUGCCAACAAUGCUUCAUUCAUGUGUAUAAGCGAUAGUUCUUCAGAUUCUAAUGUGGCAUUUGAACUACUAGUAGACAUAUCCAAUGAAUGGAGUCACAGCUACUCACUUGUCAACCAUCUAAAGACUGACACCAAGUACACAUCCCUAACAGACUCAUUCCAAACAUUGCUCAACAAGAAGAUGCAACAAUACUCAGAGAGAUGCUUUGGAUCAGAAGAGAAUAGUGGAUAUCAACAUGUUGCGGAUAUGCCUUCUUAUGAAACGAUUGAGGAAGGUAGUUUGGAGUCUGGCGUCAGUAACUUUAUGGAGGAGUCAUCAAGCAUGCAUAUUCAUAUGCCUCCUGAGGAGAGAGAUGAGAGUGUGCGUCUAAUUGGUAUCCAAGGUUACGAAGCAGAGCCAACACAAAAGUUCAACAUGUGUUGCUGUGGACACAUUGCUCUUAACUUCUCACUCCUAUUCAAACUACUCCUGGUCAUAUUCCUCAUUGCAUGCGUAUACACUCUGGUCGCGAUAUCAUGCAAAGGAUUCUUAUUCCAAGGAUGUUACAAC